ACACCAUCACACCCCAAUACAACUUGACUGAGGACCGAUCUUCAUGUACAUUUGUUCUUUGAGGAAGAACUGCAGUCAUGGGUUCAACUGACGAUCUGACGACGUAUUUAUUAGAGGUGAUCCACUCACACCUGCUCGUGACCUGCGCUUUGCUGCUGGCCACUGCAGCCGCCGUCCUCCGGCACGUGAGAGACUCCCGCGAGGUCGACGGCCUCCACCGGAGGCACGUGCUCGUCACCGGCUGCGACAGCGGCUUCGGGAACCUUCUGGCCCGCCGGCUGGACGCGAAGGGCUUCCACGUGGUGGCCGCGUGUCUCACGCGUCGCGGCGCGGCGGCCCUGUCCGCGGCGGCCUCGCGCAGACUGAAGACCCUCGUGAUGGACGUGACCGACAGCGCGAGCAUCCGGGCGGCGCUGGAGUUUGUGAGCAGAGAGGUCGGAGAGCGAGGUCUGUGGGGUCUGGUUAACAAUGCGGGCCGGUCCGUACCCAUCGGUCCAACGGAGUGGAUGAAGUUGGAGGAUUUCACACAGGUUCUGGACGUGAAUUUGAUAGGAGUGAUCGAGGUCACGCUCCAGUUUCUGCCCCUGCUGAAGAAGGCCCAGGGCAGAGUGGUAAAUGUGGCCAGUAUUCUGGGCAGACUGUCCCUCCCGGGCGGAGGAUACUGCCUUUCCAAAUGGGGAGUGGAAGCGUUCUCCGACGGCCUCAGGAGGGACAUGCGUCACUUUGGCAUCAAAGUGAGCAUCAUCGAGCCCGGCUUCUUCAAGACGGAUGUUACCAGACUGGAUCUUAUCGAGGCGGACCUAAAGAGGCUGUGGACCCGCCUCCCUCAGGAUGUCAAAGACUCUUACGGAAAGACAUACUUGGAUGACUAUGUGGAAGCUCAGGCCUUCUCCAUGGGCGUCUUGUGCAGUCCGGACCUCUCCAAGGUGACCCGGUGUAUGGAGCACGCGCUGACAGCUCGUUUCCCUCGCACCCGUUACGCUGCAGGCUGGGAUGCAAAGUUUUUUUGGAUCCCCCUGUCUUACCUACCUUCAUUUGUUUCAGACUUUGCUACCAACCUGUUUCUUCCAAUACCCAAGUAUCAAAGACAUUUCUAAAAGGCAACUCAACUGAAUCGUAUGACGGACCGUUUUCUGGGAUGAAAUCAAAUAGGAUGCAAGACAAGGUACAAAAUUGGAAAUUUAUUCAUUUCAUGUCUCAGCAGCAGCAAAUUAAACCAAGUUGUGAACACACACCGUUUUUUUAUUGGGCUCAUUAUGAUACAAAUAAUCAUUCUGUAAAGUAAAGAAUUGAUUCACCGCGUAUAUAAAAUGAGCAUCCACAUCUGCAUCCUCUGGUCAU